AUGAGCCAUUUCAUCACUUUGCGCCCGAAUGAGGCCUUGGCCAAGCUUGAGACUUACAAGCACCAGUUUCCACAAAAGACAGUGCCCAGACCGUUCGAGUUCUCCGAGCAAGUGGCACUCGACUUGGAUAAGCUAGCACUCAUUGCAUUACACCCAGACUCGACACUUGCCAUCUACUAUGCUUACGAGCCUAUUUUCCUUGACUUGAUGGCCCGCUGGGUUCAAAAUACCGCCUGGUUUGAGACUAAUUACACCGAAGUCCACGGAACGGCUUCGUCUGCUCCAGGUUCCAUUGUCUUACUAGCAUUGUCUCGCAUCAUUGAUUUGGCUCCAGAAUCCACCAACUUGAUAGAAUACUACUUCGAUUCCUCCAAUGAUAUCCUUUCCAGCCUUUUCGAUCCAUCCUUGACUCCAUCCGAAUUACAAGCAUCCCUUUUGGCAUACUACAGAAUCUACCACUCCAACCCGCAUAUUUUCAAGCGCUUCAUCGAUCCCAAAAAUCUCCAUAAAAUCAUCCAUUUAGAAUCCGAAGACUAUAAUCCCGCUAAGAUUUUGUCCAUCCGCAUCCUUUCCAGUUAUAUCAGCGCCUCCGAAUCUGCCCAUGAAUCAAUGUUGGAGACACAUGUUAGAGGUUCGUUCCAUGGAACCUAUGAUGGAGGUUACUCAAUAGACUAUAGGUUUGUUCCAUUGGUUGAGGCCAAGAGACUUUCCAACCAUACCAAGUUGCCUCCUGCCGUUUCCUAUCCCGACGGUAAGCCAAUUCAAAUCUCCCAAGCCGAGUUGUCGCCUCUAAUCACUUGUGUGUGUGGAGUGCUUCUUUUCAAUAGAUCUUCAGAUAAGGUCACUAAUAGUGACAGCACGUUCGUUCCUGUCGAAGGAUCUGUUACUGUCUUGAAGCAAUUGGCUACACACAUCCUGAGAGAUAGACCUGUCAUGCUUCAUGGUCCUCCUGGAUCUGGUAAGACGUUCCUCAUCAAUCAGAUGGCCAGCUACAUGAACUGCUCUGACUCUAUUGUCAAGAUCCAUUUGGGAGAACAAACAGAUGCUAAGCUUCUUUUGGGUACUUAUACUUCAGGAGAGAAGCCAGGUUCCUUCCAGUGGAGAUCAGGUGUCUUGACUACUGCCGUUAGAGAAGGCAAGUGGGUCUUGGUAGAAGACAUUGACAAAGCUCCAACUGAGGUUCUUUCGAUCCUUCUUGUUUUAUUGGAGAAGCGUGAACUCAAUAUUCCUUCAAGAGGUGAAGUGAUUAAGGCCCACAGCGGAUUCCAGCUCAUAUCCACCAUCACAACCUCAUCCGAACAGCAUUCAAGACUACCAGAUCUUAUUGGUAUGCGUCUAUGGGAACUUUGUGAAGUCCCCCCACUCCCCGAAACAGACUUGAAGUUCAUUCUUGCAGCCAAGUUCCCAUUACUUGAAAAGUUCAUCGCCAAGUUCAUCAUGCUUUAUGACAAGGUUGUCCAGAUAUUCUCCAUGCCAGCUUUCAUUUCAUUGAAUAAAGGAUCCCAUCCUAGAUCCAACUCCUCCAGAGACCUCAUGAAGUUUUGUUCUCGUUGUAACAAGUUACUUCAGAAUAAAGGUGUUACAAAUGAUGAUACGCUUUUCGAAACCCUGGUUUAUGAAGACAUUUUCGCUGAAGCUGUCGAGUGCUUUGGUAGUGCUAUCACGGAACCCUCCGCUUCUGUGCCACUUAUGAACGCUAUUGGUGAGAUAUUGGAGAUCCCAGCCACCAGAGUCAACUUAUUUAUUGAGAACUACGUUCCAUCCAUGCAUAUCGACGACGAUUCCAUACAAAUUGGACGUGCUCUUCUUCACAAGUCGUCCUUUGACAAAGCCCUUUAUCCUCGCAAGAAAGGUGGAGAGUCUAGUUUUGCUCGUACGAAGCACCUGAAACGUCUUAUGGAACAAAUUGCAUUGGCAAUUCAAAUGGUGGAACCAGUAUUAUUGGUUGGUGAAACCGGUACUGGUAAGACCACAGUUGUCCAAGAAGUGGCUAAGAUGAUGAACAAGAAGUUGACUGCCAUUAAUGUUUCUCAACAAACCGAGGCCAGUGAUCUUCUAGGCGGCUUCAAACCUGUGAACACUAUGACCGUUGCUGUUCCAUUGCAGGAGUCUUUUGAGAACCUUUUCUUAGCUACCUUCUCCCAAAAGAAGAAUGCAAAGUUUUCAGAGCUCUUAUCUAAAUGCUUCAACAAAAGACAGUGGAAGAACGUCAUCAAGCUUUGGAAGGAAGCUGUGAAAAUGGCUCGUGUUACUUUAGAUAAGAGCGAUGACUCAGGAGACGAGAAGACUCAGGAUGGUGGUCCUAAAAAGAAGAGGAAGUUGUCUUCAACCGAGAAGCUGGCCAUGCUUGAAAAAUGGGUUAACUUCCUGAAUGGCGUCGAGAAGUUUGAAGCUCAAGCAGCCAAUCUUGAAAGUUCUUUCGUGUUUAAUUUCGUUGAAGGUUCGCUCGUCAAAGCUGUUCGCAACGGCGAAUGGCUUCUUCUUGAUGAAAUCAACUUGGCUUCCUCAGAUACUUUGGAGAGUAUCGCUGAUCUUUUGACCGAGGCAUCUGAACAGAGAUCUAUUUUGUUGAGUGAAAGAGGCGACGUUGAGGCUAUUAAGGCACACCCAGACUUCCGUAUCUUUGGUUGUAUGAACCCUUCUACUGAUGUUGGUAAGCGUGAUUUGCCUGUGAGUAUACGAUCAAGAUUCAGCGAGAUUUACGUGCAUUCCCCUGAUAGAGAUAGAGAGGAUCUUUUGCUGAUUAUCGAUAAGUACAUUGACAAGUAUGCUGUGGGCGACGACUGGAUCUCUGAGGAUAUUGCUGAGCUUUACCUUGAGGCCAAGCUGUUAGCAGAGAAGAACAAGAUUGUCGAUGGUGCCAACCAAAAACCUCAUUUCAGUAUCCGUACUCUCACGAGAACGUUAACUUACGUCAGAGAUAUUGUCAUGACUUACGGCUUGAGAAGGUCUCUUUACGAAGGUUUCUGUAUGUCCUUCUUGACCUUGCUCGACGUUAAAUCUGAGGCUUUGUUGAGACCAAUUAUCGAGCAGUAUACUGUUGGUAAGUCCAAGAACCCUAGGGGAGCUCUCUCGCACAUCCCCAAGGCACCUUCAGAUGCUAACCAUCAGUAUGUUCAGUUUAGACAUUAUUGGUUGCAAAAGGGUGCAUUUGAUGUUGAUGAGCAGCCUAAUUAUAUCAUCACCCCGUUCGUGGAAAAGAACCUUCUUAAUUUGGUACGUGCUACUGCCAGCAGAAGGUUUCCAGUCUUGGUUCAAGGUCCAACUUCGGCCGGUAAAACUUCCAUGAUCAGUUAUCUUGCUGCUAUUUCUGGCCACAAGUUUGUCCGUAUCAACAACCACGAGCAUACCGAUUUGCAAGAAUACUUGGGUACUUACAUCUCCGACUCAAGUGGAAAAUUGGUCUUCAGAGAAGGUAUCUUGGUUGAGGCCUUACGUAACGGUUAUUGGAUUGUUUUGGAUGAACUUAACCUUGCCCCUACAGACGUUCUCGAGGCUUUGAAUCGUUUGUUGGAUGACAACAGAGAGCUCUUUAUUCCAGAGACACAGGAAAUCGUACACCCACAUCCAGAUUUCAUGCUUUUUGCUACUCAGAACCCACCUGGCUUGUAUGGUGGUAGAAAGGUUCUCUCUCGUGCUUUCAGGAACAGAUUUUUGGAGUUGCAUUUCGACGAUAUUCCAAGAGAUGAGCUUGAGAUUAUUUUGAGAGACAGAUGUCGUAUCGCUCCUUCUUACGGUAAGAAGAUUGUCGAAGUUUACAACGAAUUAUCCUUGCAGCGUCAAUCUUCUAGACUUUUUGAACAGAAGAACUCUUUUGCAACUUUGCGUGACUUGUUCCGUUGGGCUCUCAGAGAAGCUGUUGGAUACGAGGAGUUGGCUGCUAACGGUUACAUGCUUCUUGCCGAACGUGUCCGUAAUGAAGAAGAAAAGCAAGUUGUGAAGCAGACUAUUGAGAAGGUCAUGAGAGUCAAGCUUGACAUGGACGCUUACUAUGAGAAGCUUGAAAACAAGGAGAUCUUCAACCUUGAGCUGCCAAUCGUUUGGACAAAGGCUAUGAGAAGAUUGGCUGUUUUAGUUUCGACUUCCAUCAAAUACAAGGAGCCUUUGCUUCUUGUUGGUGAAACAGGAUGUGGUAAGACUACUGUGUGUCAAAUCCUUGCGCUGUUCAUGGGUAAGCAAUUAAUCACUGUGAAUGCUCACCAGAACACUGAAACUGGAGAUAUUCUUGGUGCCCAGAGACCACUCAGAAAUAGGUUUGAGACGAGAGGUGAGCUUGUGAAGAAUUUGGUUGCUUUCUUUGAAACCCUUGGCAUUGAUGUCGAACUCAAGGAGGCAAAUGCUGAGGGCUUGACCACCAAGUACCGCAAGACAGUAUCAUCUCUUUCAGAUGAGGACAAGGCUAAGGUUGGAGAAACACUUAUUGCUGAUAUCGAAGCAAACAUCAAAGCUGCCGGUGUUCUUUUCGAAUGGGUGGAUGGUCCUUUGGUCCAGGCCAUGAAAACUGGUGACUUUUUCUUGCUCGAUGAGAUUUCUUUAGCUGACGACUCCGUUCUUGAAAGAUUGAACUCUGUGCUUGAGCCUGAGAGAAGCUUGUUGCUUGCGGAGAAGGGUACUGAAGAUGCUUUCCUUGUCGCUCAGGAUGAUUUCCUGUUCCUUGCCACCAUGAAUCCUGGUGGUGAUUACGGUAAGAAGGAGUUGUCGCCUGCUUUGAGAAAUAGAUUCACUGAGAUCUGGGUUCCUUCUAUGGACGACUUCAAUGAUGUCAGACACAUUGUCAAAGCUCGUCUUAACUCCCAGCACGAGUGGCUCGCGGACCCUCUUACUGAUUUCUCCGAAUGGUUUGGAAGAAAGCUUGGUAACGGUAAUGUCAACAGCGGUGUCAUCUCGCUCAGAGACAUUUUGGCUGAAUCCAUUUCUUCCGAUGCCGCUUUUUACCAUGGUGCUUCUAUGGUUUUCAUUGAUGCUUUAGGCACUAACAACACCGCUUACCUUGCUGAAAACGAGACGAAGUUGACUGGGUAUAAGACUGAAUGUGUUGAGAAACUUAGCCUGGCUAUCAAGAAGGAUGUUUCACAGUAUUCUCUUAUCAACAAUCACGAGGUUAUUGUCGAGGAAGCUAGUCUUAAAGCUGGUUUGUUUGAGAUUGCCCGUGUUCCCGAGACUACUUUCAACGAUCCAUUCAACUUACAUGCCCCAACAACAGCUGCUAACGCCCUGCGUGUCGUGAGAGCAAUGCAAGUCAAGAAGCCUGUUUUAUUGGAGGGUAGCCCUGGUGUGGGUAAGACCAGUUUGGUGUCUGCAAUUGCCAAAGCAACCGGAAACGAAUUGAUCAGAAUCAAUCUUUCUGAGCAAACUGAUUUGAUUGAUCUUUUUGGAUCUGAUGCUCCUGUUGAAGGUGGUCAGACCGGUGAGUUUGUAUGGAGAGAUGCACCAUUUUUGAGAGCAAUGAAGAACGGUGAAUGGGUCUUGUUGGAUGAAAUGAACCUUGCUUCUCAAUCGGUAUUGGAAGGUUUGAACGCUUGUCUUGAUCACAGAGGAGAAGCUUAUAUUCCUGAGCUUGAUCGGUCGUUCCCACGUCAUCCUGAUUUCAAGGUGUUCGCUGCUCAGAACCCUCAGUACCAAGGUGGUGGAAGAAAAGGUUUACCCAAAUCGUUCGUCAACAGAUUUACUGUGGUGUUUGUGGAUACAUUGAGUGCCGACGAUUUGACUUUGAUUUCCCACAAGCUUUAUCCUAAUAUUUCCAGAGACGACUGCAGCAAGCUUAUCACAUUUAUCUCUAAAUUGGAAGAGCAAGUUGUUCAUGAAAAGUCGUUUGGAAACUUUGGUGGUCCAUGGGAAUUUAACUUGAGAGAUGUGUUACGUUGGUUGAGCUCGUUCAAUUCUCUUAAGAAUAUCAACAACGAAAAGGACAUGCAGCUAGGUGAAUUUUUGGACAUGAUUGUUUGUCAAAGAUUUAGGACGCCUGAGGACCGUUUCAAGGUUAGAGAACUCUUCAUUUCGGUUUUCGGUAUUCAGUCAGACAGAACGCCAUUUUACUCCAUCGGUUUGGAUUACGUUCAGGCUGGAGGUGCUCUCAUCAAGAGGAACGACAUUACUCAGUUCAACGAUUCGUCGGACAGAAUCAAUUUGGCACCUCUCCAAUGUAACUUCCCAGUUCUCGAGUCUGCGUUUAGAAGUGUUAAUGAGAAUAUUCCAUUCAUCAUAACAGGUCCUUCCAAUGCGGGUAAGACUGAAUUGAUCAGGUUCAUGGCUCUUGCUGCUGGUGUCAAGCUUUCUGAAUUUGCCAUGAACAGCGAUGUCGACAGUAUGGAUAUUUUGGGUGGAUAUGAACAAGUCGAUGUGACCAGAGCAAUGUCAGAAGUUACUGCAAAGACUUAUUCUUACUUCAGGGAGUUCGUUAUUCAAGACAGUCUCGCCGUUCUGAAGAAUGCUAAGGCUGCUCUUCUUGCAAUGGAUUUGUUGUAUGUGAUUGAAAAGACGACACUGAUUGCCGACUCGUUCCCAGAGAUUUCCAGAUGUUUUAGGAACUUUGUGAGCCAAUACCAUAAUGAGACUUUGGAUGAUCUUCUCAAAAUGUUUGAAGAGGUUGAGAAGAAGGCCAACGAAAAAACUGCGGUCAGAUUUGAAUGGUUCGAUGGGUUGUUGGUUAAGGCUGUUUCUAAUGGUGACUGGUUGGUCUUGGAUAACGCCAAUUUGUGUAACCCUUCUGUUCUUGAUAGACUCAAUUCUUUGCUUGAGGUUAAUGGAUCGUUGAUCAUCAACGAAUGCAGCACAGAAGAUGGAUUACCUCGUGUGUUGACUCCACAUCCCAACUUCAGAUUGUUUUUGACCGUGAACCCCAAGUAUGGUGAGUUAUCUCGUGCCAUGAGAAACAGAUGUAUCGAAGUUCAUAUCGAUGACCUUCAGUAUAGGUCGACUACUUUUGAUAAGUUGACUUUGGGUGUCCCACCUGUCCAGGACACUAUGGCUGACGGUGACAUUUGUGACAUGAUGGAUAAGCUCAAAUUUGGCGAAACCGGUGCUGGUAAGCCUUUGGCUUCCUUCAUUCCGUGUAACGAGUCUAAAGUCAGAAGAUUUGCAACCACUACUGAUGCCUUCGAUCUUUAUAAACAGAAUUUGGCUAAAAGUUCUCUUGUGAGUAUUUUGGCUCAACUGGACAUCCAAUUCGUGGAAACCUGGGCUCAAACUGUGUUUUCGUGCAAAGAGUUUGAAUUUGUCUUUAAGACUACGAUUGAGAACUCAGUGGAAGUUUUGAAGGUGUUGUCUAGCGCUGACUACUUGUCGAGCUGUCAAAAGACCUACAACAACGUUGAUGAAUCUAGAGUUUCGGCUAGAUUCCUGGAGACUCAAACGCUUAAUCCAAUCAUUAAUGAGGUAAUUGUGCCCUAUUUGAGCCAAAAUGGUGAGGUCAACUGGCUUGAACCUACCUUGUUGUUCCAGGUGGCUUCCAACAUUUUCGACAUGACCGAUGUGUUGCUGAAUAUUGAGAAGAAGGGAAGUGAAGGUCAGCUUCAGCAUCUCUCAUUCCUUGAGCUUUCUGCUGCUGUUAACUUUGGUAGAGAAAUGAAAAGAAUGCCAAAGGUGAAUGUUUACGGAUUCGUGAAGGAGUUGCACAACUGGAUCGUGAAAGUCUUUUUGACUCAUGCUACUGCUUCGGUAGACUACAACGAGCUGGUGUUUUCGACAAUUCUCGAGCUUCAGGGAAUCUGGCAUUGUUUGGUUGCGUCUGCUCAAGUCCAGAAUGUCACCAAGUUGAGAGUUUAUCACAAUAUGGUCAAUGCUUGGUUUGAGAAGCAUAAAGAUAUCUCCAUGCUCAUUGAUCAGAAAAAACCUAUUACUAGUCUUUCACUCGAACUUGAGUUGACAACGGGUUUCUCUAUGGGAACUAUUUGGAAUCACUUCCGUCAGAACUAUCCAUCUUCAAACGAGGCCUGGGAGUACUUUUCAAGUUACUUGGAUAUCUUGAGGGAAUUUGAUGACUUGGUUGCACAAUAUGAGAUGAAUGCUGAAGAGAUCUCAGUUCUUAGGCAGCUUAUGAUUGACCUUCACGGAACGAUUAUUAACGCUUCUGCUUCUGACAAUGAGCUUGCUGAAUUGUUUAAACAAUUGGUGAGUGGCAUAGCAUCUCUCAAGGAAGCUGCUAAAGGUUCUGCCAAAAGACAUAAUGACUUUGAGCCAGAAUUUACCAUGCUCUCCAACCUUGUUGAGUCAAGCAGUGUGGUAUCUGGUGCUGACACUUUGGCAACCCAAUUGAAGCUCCACCAAAAAUCUGAUAAGCUGACUUUAGGCUUGGUGUUUUCUCAGAGUUCCGAUAUUUUCAAGCCUUACCCAAGAAUCUUCGACGACUUGUGGUUGAAGAAUCAGGAUGAUGGCGUUAAGGGCCUUUUCGGAGAAGUGCUUUUUGAAACUGCUAACCAGAAAUCUCACGGACUUGAUAAGUGUCUGGGUAAGUUCUUGGAUCAGCAAUUGGUGGACAUGAAGCUUCUUGCCAGCUCGCUUAUUGAAAACUCGAGCGCUGUCCUUCAAGACCAGAAAGAAGUUUUCUUGAAGCUCCUUAUUGAUUGGAUGCACCAGAUUUUGGCAGCACAUGGUAUUGAAUUACCCCAAGCUUCUGAUUCUUUUAACGAAGAAAUUAUCAGUACUACCAUGAAGUCUGUUAAAGAAGCUGGCGAGGAUGCUUUACUCAAGGUAUUCGAAGUAUACAUUGGCCCUGCUUUGCUGCUUGCCUUCUCUACUGCUUCGUUGAAAUCCCUUGGUAAAGCUUGGGUGCUCUUCUCGUGUGGCUGUAUUCAGCUUUUCGUGCCUAGUUCUCCGUUGGAUCCCGCUAUUGAUGACCACGUUGCGUACGACAUUUACAAGGCACAGAAUGAAUCUUUGGAUGUCCUUAUUGAGUCUUGGAAAGCUGUUAGACAAACGAUCGCAGGAGAUGAGCCUUUGGCUACCGAAUUGACUAUUCCACACUUGAGGAAUGCCGACAGGGAGAUGCCGAAGAUCUUCAGACCUAACGAUGGAAUUGACGAAUUGUUUGAAGAGUGGUCCAGCUUUAUGUCUUCGUCUAUUGAUGAGGAGGCAGUUAAACGUUUGCUUUCUCGUGCUGAUGCUGAAUAUACCGAAGCUAGCGCCAACAGCAUUAAUGUCUUCCAGCACAACUCGUCUAACUUCCUUACUCGUUUGAGAGCCAGCAAGCUUGUUUACUCAGAUCUCAAUGACAUCUUGGCUGGUUACGUCUACGGUUUGAAGUUCGGCCUCAAUUUGAUGACGAUGGAAAACGAAAACUCCCUUGCGAAGUUGCCAUUAUCAGAGCUUUGGUCCGUUGAGAUCUCGAACUUGCUUAAUCCUUCUCAGGUAAAGGCUACUUUUGAUGAGUUCAAGCUUGCAAGCAAGUCUUUCGGAAACAGUUCCAACGCGAGCGAGAAGCUGAUGCUCUUCUUCAUUAGUUUGUGCUUUUUGCAGAAUCACAAGUCUUCUGGCUCUGAACUCGACUAUGUCACCAACCUGGCUUUCCAAACGUUGUAUUACAGAUGGUUCUACAGAAGAGCAAAGGAGGAAGAAUUAGCUGCACAAGAAGCCUCUCUCUACAAGUAUGAAGGAGACGAUGAUAAUGUGGAGAAGGAUUUCCAGGAGCUCUUCCCUGACUAUGAAGAAGUGAUGGAAGUCGACAGCAACCUUUCCAAGAACACCACUGCGUUCUCGGAUUUGUACCCUGCCCUUUGCCAGCUCUAUGUUGAUUACUAUCUCCAUGGAAAACGUUCUGAUGUGUUUGGUGUUGUUCAACAGGGUGCUAAAUUGGCUUCAGAUUUGUCUAAGUUUGAUAACUUGUUCGCUCAUGGCUCAACCAGCUCGAGCUCCUUAGCGGCUGUGCUUACAAACAUGCUGAAGAUUCAUACCACCUACUCCAUUGACAAGGGUGACGAUGUUGAUUUCUAUCAUGGCGAGUCUCCAUUCCAGUUUAGAAGAGCCAUGCGUGUUGUGAACAAUGUGCAUAGUUCAGUGUCUUCGCUUUUGGACCAAUGGCCUGAACAUGCUACUUUGCAGAACAUUUCUAGAACUGCUCAAGAGUUUACUGAAUUCCCAUCUAACUAUCCUGUUUCAAGACUUCUUCAGAAGGUGGAGGUGAUCUUCACGUACAUCAACGAAUGGGAGAAAUUUGCUAGCAGUAAGGUUACCUUGAAGGCUUGUUAUGACGAGCUCACGGAGCUCAUUGUUUCUUGGAGAAAGCUCGAGCUCUCCUCAUGGAAGAAGUUAUUCGACAAUGAAGACUCUACCUUUAAGGAGAGAAUCGGCAAAUGGUGGUUUUAUCUCUUUGAGACCAUUAUUGUGCCAAUUGUUCUGGCUGAUGAGAACGAUGAACAGAAGAUGUCUCCAAUUCAACUUUUGGGUGCUUUGAAUGUGUUUAUGAGUGAAACUACGUAUGGUGAGUUUGUGCCAAGAUUGGAGUUGGUUGAGGCUUUCAGAAAACAUGCUUUGACUCUUGAAGGUGGCGAAACUACAGCUAAUGCUCUUGGUAACUUCACAAAGUUCUACCAGCAGUACGUCCCACUCAUUGGUGAAGCUAUUGAGCAAAGUAAGAAGACUCUUGAGAAAGAUAUCAAUGAAGUUAUUCUCCUUGCUAGCUGGAAGGACGUCAACAUAGAUGCUCUUAAACAGAGCUCCCGUCGUUCCCACAGCAGUCUUUUCAAGAUCGUGAGGAAGUACCGUUCACUUUUGGCCACGCCUAUUUCUCCACUCGUUCAAGCAGGCUUUUCUUCAGAGUCGAAGGUUUUGACUGAACAACCUAUCCAUAUUGCUACUGUUGGCGAACUUACCCAGGACCACAGCACGCGUUUGGCUAUUCAAAAGCUUUGUGGCAAGGCUGCCACCUGGGACGAGAGACCAAACAGACUCAAGAAUCUGUCUAUGAUUGAGAACAAUAUGCGUAUCUUUAUUGAGAAGGUCAACAGGGCAGCUGCUCCAUCCCUUUAUGAAUACGCCAAGGAGAUUAUUGAGGAAAUGGAUAGACUCAAGAAGGAAACACCAAAUGUGAUGAAUGAUGAGACGAAGAAGACUGUUGCAGCUUUGAGGACUCAAAAACACAAGCUUUUGAGUGAGGUUUUGAAAGAGUUGAGAAGAAUCGGUAUCAAGACAACCGUCAAGCCGGAUAUCAAGAAGCUCUUGGCUACAGUCAACUUGAUCUUCACCAACAGUGCUGCAUUUGGCUCGAAACACUUAGCUGGAUCGGAUAGCUACUUUAUGAGAAUUUUGGAUUUGCUUCCUCGUCUUCGUGCUUCGGUAGCUGAAGGUAAUGAAGAGGUGCCACAAGCGGAUCUUGAAAGAGGAAUGGCAGCCACUGAAAACUUGCUUUUCUCGUUGGUUACUACCAGGAAGCCGAUCGCUAACUUGAAUCAGUCACUUGAAAGUUUAGGUGCCCUUAACACUGCAAUCGCUGAUAAGCUUUCUGCCUUUAACCAAAGUUCAUCCGUGAUGUGUAAGUCGUCCUCAGUUGACGUAUUCUUUUCGUCAUUGAAGAAGCUUGGAAGAUUUGUUUCCAGUUUCGAUCAGUUGUUAGACUACGUUUUUGAAGUGCUUGACAGUGCUGCUUUCUUUGGCCAAGAAGUGAAGAGUGAUAUUUUCACUGAGUUGAGACGUGAAGUUGGCCAAUGGAAGAGUAAGUUGUCCAUCAACGAACUCACCAUUCCGUCCGAAGAUGAACUCUUGAUGUUGAAUGAAUUCAAGACUUUCAUUGACCGUGUUGUUGAUGAGUUGAUCUAUUGGAGAUCUUCCAAUCCUAACAAUGCUUUCAUUGCUGACACCUUGCUUACCUGGCUCAAGGACAGGAAGACAUAUACCAAUGUUGAUUCUAUUACUUCGGCUGAUGGUGCUGCUACCGUUGAGCAGUUGGAGAAAUCGCUUAGAAAGCUUUCGAACUCUAUUCUUGUUUCUGUUCAAAAGGCAGUUGAAUUGCACGCAGAUGAAAUCACUAUGGACGAUGAUUCCUGGUUGCAAACCACUCAGCAGAGAGUUUCCCAGGCUAUCAAGGUUCUUCACCACGAGAGUAUUGUUUCCCUUCUCGAGGAUACUAGAAAUGUUGUUUUGAAUAUUGAGCAUAAUGAGGAGACUUCUGCUAUUUCUGCUGCUUUGAUGUCGUUUACUUUACCAUUAACCCAACUUUAUCACAAACUUGCUGCUUGCGUUUUCGAUAGAGCCAGAGAGAAUUACGUUCAGGUGUCUAGAUCCACAUACGUCAUGGCAACUGCUCUUUACACGUUGUCGAGCUCUGGUUUCUGCUCUCCUGAACCUCCACAGGAACAGAAGAAGGACGAUAAUUUGCAAGAAGGUACUGGCUUGGGUGAUGGCGAAGGUGCUACCAACAACUCCAAGGAUGCUGAUGAAGAUGAUGAUUUGGAUGAACAUGCUCAAAAGCCAAAUGAGGAGAACGACAAAGAUAAGGAUGAAGGUGAAGAUGAAGAUGAUGAAGCGGUUGAUAUUGAGGGCGAUAUGGCCGGUGAUCUCGAAAAUGCAUCCGAUCAGGAGAAGGACGAUAAUGAAGACGGUGAAGAAGAGGAAGAACUUGAUGAAGAAAUUGAUGAUCUCGAUGAUCUUGAUCCUAAUGCUGUUGAUGAAAAGAUGUGGGAUGAAGAAGCCAAGGAUGAUUCUAAGGAGAAAGAGUCAGAUAAGAUGCCACAGAAAUCUUCCGCCGACGACGACAAUUUGGAAGCCAUGGAAGAUGAGGAACAGAAAGAUCAAGAGGGCGAGAAUGAGGAUGGUGAUGAAAAUGACAAGGAGAAUGAUGGUGAAUCUGGAGACGAAGAAGAAGAUGUUGGCGAGCAAGAGGAUGAAGUGAAGAAUGAAGAAAAUGAGCAGCUCGACGACCAUGUACCAGAGACCGAGACGCUUGAUUUACCUGAAGACAUUAACUUGGACGAUGAGAAUGACGAAGAGGGCCAAGAUGAAGAUGAAGGCGAUGAAAAGUUUGAGGAUGGUCUUGAUGAAGAAGAGAAACCAGAAGAGAAUGCUCCAGAAGAUAAAGAGGAAGAACCUGCAAAUGCUGAAUCCGGUGAUGAGGAUGAGGAUGAUGCCAUGGACGAAGAUGAAAAUGCCAACGAAGAAGAGGAAGAAGGCACAGCUGGCGACGAUAAGGAAGUUGAUGAAGAUCCACAGAAUGAGGAAUCAGAUGAAGAAACUGUCAAUGCACCUGAAGAAGAUGAAGAAGAAAAUAAAGAAGAAGAGCAAGACUCAGCUGAAAAAGGCGAGCAAGAGGCAGAUGGUCUUGAUGGUGCCGAUCAGGAACAAAAUGAAGAAGAGGAUGUCGACAUGGAUGCAGCAUCUAAAGCAGCCAUGGGUGAAAAGGGCGAUGGUGCUGAUAAUGAAGUGAUGGAAGACCAAGACGAUGUGGGUGCUUCUGGAACCGCGUCUUCCGAAAUGCAACAGAAUGAAGAGAAGGAUCAAGAUACGAAUGAUAACUCCAACAGCGAAGUCAAAGAAUCUUUGAAACAGUUGGGUGAUUCUUUGAAGGAGUUCCAUCGUCGCAGACAAGAAAUCAAGGAAGCCAGCCAACAAGAACAAGAAGAGCCUGAAGCCAAGGCAGACGUUAGACCUGACGAAUUCCAACACGUCGAGGGAGAAAACACUGAACAAGAUACUCAGGCUCUUGGAUCUGCUGACAACCAGGACCAGAUUCAACGUAUUGAUGAAGAUAAGGCCAUUGAUGAUGAUGAAGAGCAGCUUCCAAAACAAGAAGAAGAAAAGCAGGAAGAAAAGAAUGCUGCUGAUGAUAUGGAUAUUGAAGAUGGCGAUAAGGAAGAAGCUCAAGAUGGAGAACAAGGCGACCAAGAAGCUGAAACCGAGAACUUGGGAGCUUUUGUUGGAGAGAGAAGAACUGUUAAGGAAGAAGACCAAACCAUCGAUCUUGACAGAGACGAGUUGGAAGACACCAAGGCUGAAGUCGACAUGAAACAUCAAGUUAACGACGACUAUGAACUUGGAGGCGAUGAAAUCCCAGCUCUCGGUCUUUUUGAAGCCAGAGAGGCCUGGAACCGCAGUGAACUUGCUACCCAAGAAUUGUCUUCAGGAUUAUGUGAACAGUUGAGAUUGAUCUUGGAACCUACCUUGGCAACCAAGUUAAGAGGAGACUACAAGACCGGUAAGAGACUCAAUAUGAAGAGAAUCAUUCCUUACAUUGCCUCGGAGUUCAGAAAGGAUAAGAUUUGGCUCAGAAGGACUAAACCUUCCAAGAGACAAUACCAGAUUAUGAUUUCGGUUGACAACUCCAAAUCCAUGAGUGAGAGUAAAGUCACCGAGUUGACGUUGCACAGUAUUGCUCUUGUCUCCAAGGCUCUUACCCAAUUGGAGAGUGGUGGUUUAUCGAUUGUCAGAUUCGGUGAAGACGUCAAACUCCUUCAUCCAUUUGACAGGCCAUUCAACCAGGAAACAGGUGCUCGUGUGUUCCAGUGGCUUGACUUCCAACAGGAACGUACCGAUAUCAAGCAGUUGUGUUCAAAGUCAUUGAAGAUAUUCGAAAAUGCCAGAGCUACUUCUAAUGCAGACUUAUGGCAGCUUCAAAUCAUCAUUUCUGAUGGUGUUUGUGAAGACCACGAGACCGUGGAAAGAAUGGUUAGACAAGCAAGAGAAGAGAAGGUUAUGUUGGUGUUUGUUGUGAUUGAUGGAAUUACAUCCAAUGAGUCUAUUCUUGAUAUGUCUCAGGUGAGCUAUGUUCCUGACGCCAACACUGGUGCCAUGUCUUUGAAGGUGAACAAGUACUUGGACACUUUCCCAUUUGAGUUCUACGUUGUGGUGAGAAGUAUUAAUGAGUUGCCAGAGAUGCUUGCUUUGAUCUUGAGACAGUACUUUACAGAGAUUGCCAAUGUCUGA